UUGAUCAAAUAAAAAAUAAAUGAGACCAUCAAGUGCCUCUGGAUGUUAAUCAAGGGAAUAAGAGAAAACUAAUAAAGAACAAAACAAAUCAUCCAAGUAGUUAUAUGAAUAAAUCUGUAUUAUAGUCCUUAUAAAUUACCAAUAGGAAUUAAAUCUAAUAAGCCAAGUGGUUCUACAUAGAAAAUGGAUUGGGAAAAGUUGUACGAAGAGAGUCAUCAAUUAAAGUUGAUAGUGAACUAAUUAAGAGACGAGAAUAUAAAAUUAAAGACUAAAAAUGUUAAUUUAGAAGUAAAACUUAAUUUAUUAUUGUUUCAAAGAAAGAUUUAGUCAAGUGCACAAAUAUCAUAGAGGAAAUGGAAUAGACAGGAAAUAUGAAAAGAUUUUACUAAACUCCAACUUAAGAUAAUUAAAUGAUAUUAAACUUGAAAAAUCAAGUCAAACAAUUAAAUGAACAACUAAAUGAUUCAAAAUAAGAAUUAUAAAAUAUGAAGAAGACUUCCAAAUACACCAAACUUACAGAAUUAGAAAUUGAAUGUAAAUCAUUUUAAGAUGAAACCAUACGCCUCUCUCAGAUUAUAGAAUAGUUAAUAACUGAUAAUAUUUAUUAAAAGUAAUUUGAAAAUGAACAAAACAAAUUGAAAGAAAUGUUGAUGCAGAGAGAAUAACUCAUUAAAUAAAUGUAAUAGGAAUUAGAAUACUAUAUGGAAGAGAAUAAGGCAUUAUCGGAGAAACUCCAAUAGAUGGUUUAAGCUUAUCAAGAACUCGAUAAAAUAUAUAAUAAAUAUUAGAAUGAGGCAAAAAACAAACUCAAAAUAAAAGAUAAAUAAAUCUCUGAUCUUAAAAAUGACAUUGACAGAAUUUCAUUAAAUACAAAAUAAACAAAAUAGAUUACCAUCAAAAAACCAAAUCCAUAAAAAUUCAUGGAUAAAUCACUUAAUAGUACUACUAAAAGAGAUUAGUCUUUUAAAAUUAACAAUAAUACCAAUAACACAAGCAAUAUUAAUAAUAUUUUAAGUUCAAGUGUCAAUCGAUCUGUUACGGACUUGAUCGAUGAACCUGUUAAAAUUUAAGACCUUUCAGAAAUAAGUAUUUUCUAAUCAAAAUAUUUUAGGGUUGGAAUUAAGACUAAGAUUAAGCUCAGCAUAAAUACCAGCAAUGAAAAUAGAUCGACAUCUUUUUAAUUAAACUACAAAUUCUAUAGAUUUUAGUUCCCUUCACGACAGAUUAACGAAAUAACCAUUUCUCUUAGAUAAACCAGAUGCUAUGUUAUUUGCCAGAUAUCUAGUCGAAAAACAUAACCAACAAUAUCCCUAUAAUAUCAAUAUCAAUUUAACUCAAUUGAAUGAAAUUAUCAAAUCAGAAUUUAUGAAUAUCAUAGGCUUUUGGCCUAUUUAUGAUAAAAUUGAAUCAAAAAUUUUAGAAAUCUGUAUCUCAAAAUUGUUUGUUAAUAUAGUAUCAUUGUUGGAAUAAAAACUAAAUGGUUAAAGCUUUAAAUAUAAUGAUUUAUUCUUUUUGCUUGAUUCAAUUGCAAAACAACAAAAAUAAUAGAGUCUUCAAUAAGUUGAAUAUUAAUAUCUUCUCUUAAAAGUACAUUAUAAAAUUAUUCAGUUAGGUAAUUAAAGAUUGCCAAAAUAUUAGAAAAUUGAAUGGAUCUUUGAUACUUAAAUAUUUAAAGGAACUUUGUGAUUCCAACGAGUAGGAGGAUGAAAAUGCUCUUGAAGAAUUAUUAAACUAUUAUAGGGGAUAAUAAAAACGAAAUUGUUUCUUCUUUAAACAACUACGAUUAAAAUAAGAACAAAUCUUAUAUUUAUUUGAAGUGGAUUAAAAGGUCUAUGAUCCUUAAAUAGAAUAAGGAAUUGAUAAAUCAUCAUAAACUUAUUUAAUGAAGCAUGGAUUAAUCAGAAGUUAUUCUGAACCUAACUUUUAUGAAUUGUAAUUACUUUAAGAAGAUGAAGAAGAAGAAGAUGGUGAAUAAUUGUAUUAGGAAGUUUUUCAUAACUAAAUGAAGGGAAAAUAAUCAAAUGAAGAUGAUGAUGAAGAAAAAUAUUAUGUUGAAGACAAUGAUAUUAAUGAUGAUGAUUAUUAAUUAGAUCAAAAUUCGAAUGAUUAGAAUGAAGAUUAUUCAGAAAGUGAACCUAAAUACUAAAUCAAAAACAGAUCAAAUAAAUCAGAUAAUUAUGAAGAAGAUGAAUUUGAAAAUGAAUUAGAAAAUUGA